AUGGAUCAGAUUCUGGAAGGAACUUCUGGUAUUAGUUGUAUCCUAGAUGAUAUGAUUGUGACGGGUAAAGGCGACGCAGAGCAUAUGGCUAACCUGCAGGAGGUCCUUCGACGGCUGCACCACCAUGGGUUAAGAGCCAAUAAAUCCAAGUGUGAGUUCUUCAAAGAAAAGAUCACGUUCUUUGGCCACGACAUUAAUAGUGAAGGCCUGCACAAGACCACCGACAAGACAGCUGCAAUGGUGAAUGCCCCUCGCCCCCAGAGUGUUGCAGAGGUACGCUCCUUCCUGGGAUUGGUGAAUUAUUACCACAAAUUCCUGCCAAACCUUGCUACAAUCCUGCAUCCUUUGAACCAAAUGCUGGAAAGUAACUACCAAUGGAACUGGACAGAUCAAUACGAAGAAGCCUUUUGCAAAGUUAAAGCAAUGAUUGUUUCAGAUCUGGUGCUUACACAUUAUGAUCCUAUAACCUUCCCUUACAACUGGCUUGUGAUGCUUCACCUGUAG